GAACUGUUGACGAAUAGCGGAACGGAUUCCGUCCGGAGUCUCAACAGCACCUUCCGUUACACAGCGGAAGUGCGGAUCUCCAGAGGACGGCUCCGGGACGAGUUCGCCUUCUGCCGCGCAAACGACCGGAAUCAUGUCGAGUUUGGCGGUGAGAGACCCAGCCAUGGAUCGAUCACUGCGUUCAGUGUUCGUGGGGAACAUUCCGUACGAGGCGACGGAGGAGCAGUUAAAGGACAUCUUCUCGGAGGUUGGUUCUGUGGUCAGUUUCCGUCUCGUGUACGACAGGGAGACGGGAAAGCCUAAGGGUUACGGCUUCUGCGAGUACCAAGACCAGGAGACCGCCCUCAGUGCCAUGCGCAAUCUCAACGGGCGAGAAUUCAGCGGGAGGGCGCUUCGGGUGGACAAUGCCGCCAGUGAAAAGAACAAGGAGGAGCUGAAGAGCCUGGGGCCUGCUGCGCCCAUCAUUGACUCGCCCUACGGGGACCCCAUCGAUCCCGAGGAUGCCCCUGAGUCGAUUACCAGAGCGGUCGCCAGCCUUCCUCCGGAGCAAAUGUUUGAACUGAUGAAGCAAAUGAAGCUUUGUGUUCAGAACAGCCACCAGGAAGCGCGAAACAUGCUGCUUCAGAACCCACAGCUGGCUUAUGCGCUGCUGCAGGCACAAGUGGUGAUGAGAAUCAUGGAUCCCGAGAUUGCUCUGAAAAUCCUGCAUCGUAAGAUACACGUCACGCCGCUGAUCCCGGGCAAAUCGCAGCCCGUCUCCGGGACUGGGCCCGGACCCGGACCCGGCCCAGGACCCGGACCCGGCCCUGGUCCUGCCCCCGGCCUCUGCCCAGGACCAAAUGUUCUGCUGAACCAACAGAAUCCUCCAGCUCCUCAGCCUCAGCAUUUGGCUCGAAGACCGGUGAAGGACAUUCCUCCUCUGAUGCAGACCUCCAUCCAGGGGGGAAUUCCAGCGCCGGGGCCAAUACCAGCUGCAGUUCCUGGACCUGGACCUGGACCUGGUUCUUUAACUCCUGGAGGAGCAAUGCAGCCGCAAGUUGGCAUGCCAGUGGUUGGCCCGAUGCCCUUAGAAAGAGGACAGAUGCAGAUGUCAGAUCCGAGAGCGCCAAUACCUCGUGGACCAAUGGCUUCUGGUGGCAUACCUCCUCGAGGACUGUUGGGAGAUGCUCCGAAUGACCCACGUGGAGGGACUUUGCUUUCAGUUACUGGAGAAGUAGAGCCUAGAGGUUAUCUGGGUCCUCCCCAUCAGGGGCCCCCCAUGCAUCAUGGCCAUGACAGCCGUGGCCCUUCCUCUCAUGAUAUGAGAGGGCCAUUAGCGGCAGAUCCCAGAAUGCUGAUUGGAGAGCCCAGAGGGCCCAUGAUAGAUCAAAGAGGUCUUCCCAUGGAUGCCAGAGGAGGUCGAGAGUCACGAGGGAUGGAGACUCGCCCAAUGGAAACGGAGGUCCUAGAGCCACGAGUAAUGGAGAGAAGAGGAAUGGAGACCUGUGCAAUGGAAGCCAGAGGAAUGGAAGCAAGAGGCAUCGAUGCCAGAGGAUUAGAGAUGAGGGGCCCUGGGCCUAGUUCCAGAGGUCCCAUGUCUGGUGCAAUCCAGGGUCCUGGUCCCAUUAAUAUAGGUGCAGGUGGCCCUCAGGGACCUAGGCAGGUUCCAAGCAUUACAGGAGUAGGAAAUCCCGGAGGUGGCAUGCAGGGGGCAGGUAUACAAGGAGCAGGCAUGCAGGGGGCUGGUAUACAAGGAGCAGGCAUGCAGGGGGCUGGUAUACAAGGAGGAGGGAUGCAGGGAGCAGGGAUGCAGGGAGCAAACAAACAAGGUGGAGGUCAACCUAGCAGUUUUAGUCCUGGGCAGAGCCAGGUAACUCCACAAGACCAAGAAAAAGCAGCUUUGAUCAUGCAGGUUCUUCAACUGACUGCUGAUCAGAUCGCCAUGCUGCCUCCUGAACAAAGGCAGAGCAUCCUGAUUCUGAAGGAGCAAAUCCAGAAGUCCACUGGGGCUUCUUGAAAGGCUUUGAAUUAGAAAGUAUUUGGUUGUACAUAGAAAGUUCAUUCUGUAGCAUAAAGAGUGGGUGCAAAGUGCUGACUUCUGCAUCCACAUUUAGUGAUUAGGCUAUUUCUAGUCUUCUUUGUUCCAGUUUUUAUUUUUAAUUGGGGGUAGGGUAAGAGGGAGUCAGCUUAUUCUCUUUAGGUCAUGGUUACUCUAAUGGUAACCCUGAAAAUGAUUAUAUUGUACCAAGGUAGACUAUAAGGAAUAUAUAACAGUAUUCAAGAAUCUACAGUUUAUUAACUGCAUUUAAAAAUGAGUAAACUGAAGACUACAUAAAGGUUGAAAAUGUUAAAAUGUUGAUGUAUUAAGAUGGUUUAAAGUCUUUGGUUGUGUACUGAAAGUAACUUACCUCAAAAUGUUAAGAUAUAUUUUUUGGUAAACCAAAAUACUAAAUUUUAUUUCGGAAGCAAUAGAGUACUGUAUUGGGGUUAACAUUUUAGUUAUUUUUGGAAUUAUUUUGGAAUAUUAGAGCUAACAGGAUGUAGUAAAAUUUACAGUAAUGGAGUUGUUUUUGAAAAGCUGUGUUACCUGAAAAAUCAAGCUGUUGCUUCAUUUAUCUGACUCUUCUGAGACUAGCAUAUUCUUGCCUGGUCCCACAUGUGGUGAUUUUGCUCAGAUUGUUUAGGGUCAACCAGGUUACUUAAGCCUCCUUUGAGACCCAAAUAAUCUAAUACCCUUAAAUUUUUCAAAAAAUAAAAGUAAGCCCUAAGUCUAGUUGUAAUUCUCACAUCAUCUCAAAGUAUCAUUGUCAAGGGACCAUUUGAUCUGAAUAGUUCUACACAGUAUUGGGCUUUUUAUGGAUAGUAGAAGGUUUCAUUCGGUAAAAUUCGCAGCUUCUUGAUAGCCCGUUUCCAUAUACAGAUAGUAUCCAUUUAGUCAAGAAUCGAGAAGCUAAAAACCUUAGUCUUGACAUUUUGACAUGUCUUCUAGUUUGGUUAUUUCAUAAUUUACUUUGCUCUCACAAUCUUAAAAGGAUGAAGCCCAGCUAGACAGAUAUUCCUAUAGACGGAACACUCUGCUCAGUUGGCUUAAUAUUUUUUUUUUACAACUCAUAAAAACCAGCUAAUUACAUUAUACAUACCCAUGAGAUGCAUUUAAAGAUUUAUAGGAAUGUGGGGCUUAAUACAUUUCCUUUAGAGCCACUAUUAUUUCUAUGUUUUGAGGAUGUGGCAUGUAGACAUUUGUAUCAUAGCCCAAGUGUUAGUUAACACAAGCAUAAGCUCGCAGAUAGCCACGUGAUCUUCAUCUGUGGGAAAAUAAGUAACAACCACAAAGUAGUUCCAUAGGGACUAGUAUUCUUUAGUACAGGAGAAAGCCAAAACAGAGGUAGAGUUAUGUUCCCUUUGCCAUGUUCUCCUUUUAAGUACACAAUGGACUCUUUGUACAAGAUUUUCAUCCCCGUGCUCUUAUUAUCUGCAGCUUAAUUUUCCAUGAGUGUUUGUAGUGCUAAACUUCCCUGUUUCCUGUGCAUCCCCUGUACCGCAGUGGAUGACUCUUCUGUAUAUUUGUGCUAAUUCUGGCUGAUUCACAGUUUGCUUGCAUACUUGAAAUUGUAGUUGCUAACCCGAACCCUUUCACUGAUAAAUCUUAUUAUAGUCUUUGUUCUAGCAAAAUAUCUGCAUUGUCUAAUGAAGACUAAAUAAAAAAAUUACAUAAAUAUGGUA